AUGGCACGUCCGACUCGCCAGCGAGCUCAGGCUCAGGCACAAGGCCAAAACCAGGACCAGGCACAGCCUACCCAGCAAAACCAAGACUCCCAGCAAGAUCAAGCUACUCCGCAGAACCAGGCGCAAGGCACUAACCGUCCUGCCCGACACAUCUCGGGACCACAAUCGGCUUUGACCGACUACCUUGCCUCCCACAACAUCUCUGCGAAUCAGAUCCGUCGCGACGCUGACCAGCGCCGUGCCGCUGCCGCCAGGAGCCGUGAGGCCCAGGGGGGUAAUGACGAUGAGGAAGAGGAAGCCGGUCCCUCGAUUGAGCCCACCGAGGUCACUGAGAGCGCCCGCAACGAAACUAAAGCUGAGAGAGAGAAACGCAAGAAAAAGGAGCAGCAGGCGCUUGCCAAGAUCAAGGCUUCCAAGGCCUUCAAGAAGCGGAAGCGCCUUGCCGACGAUUCCGAGGACGAAGACGACAUUGCCCGCGCCAUCUUUGACCAGAGAGCGAAGCCUAUGCCAGGUCAGAUGGACAACUGCGCUAUCUGCAAGAAACGUUUCACCGUUACGGCCUAUUCUCUCAGUGGACCCGAAGGCGGUCUUCUUUGCGCCCAGUGCAGCAAGGACCAUGCUGCAAAGAAGGGAAAGGACGCGAAGAAGCCUCGCAAGUCAGUCGGCGGCCAGGGCAGCCGCCGCAAGGUUCAAAGUAACAUCCUCGACGGCACAUACCAGACCGGUGCUAAGAAUUUGACGACCCUUUGCAUCGAGACGUUGGCCAAAAACGUUGACCUUGCCGAUAGCUUGGGUGAUCUGCCGGACAAGGUUGUCGAUAAGAUUGCUCGGCUCUUUUCUAAGCGUCGACUGCUCACUCCGGAGACGCUUCCACUAUUCGUGCAACCAUCGACUACAACUGUCAAGAUCUAUGACGGCGCCAGGUUGGGCUCCAGCGACUUUGAGGGCAUCUUCCAAACCUCAAGCAACCUCCAGCAUUUCAAGGCGCGCAAUGCCAUCCAGUUCAAGGACGAGGUCAUGGACUACCUCUUGAGUCGCGACACCAAGCUCCUGUCCUUCAACAUCCACGGCGCCAACUUGCUUAGCGAUAAGAGCUGGUCCAUGUUUGUCUCGAACAAAGGUGCUGACCUGGAAGGCAUCCAGGUCUAUUACACGGACAAACACUUUGGGGACGAGAUGCUCGCCCAGCUCCCGGCUAACUGCCCCAAGCUGAAUCGUCUCAAAGUCUACCACAACCAGAAGGUCACGAACGUCGGCGUCAAAGCAAUUGGCGACAUCAAGACUCUGAAACAUCUUGGUCUUCAUUUGCAGCACGAUAUCAGUCCCAAAAGCAUGUCUCACAUGAUACAUGGUGCGGGACUGAAGCUCGAAACGCUGUCUUUGAGAAAGAUGCCCAAGGCCAACGAUGAGGUUUUGACUGCCAUCAAAAACACCUGUCGAUCCCUCAGAAAGCUCCGCAUCACCGACAGCGAGAACAUGACCGACGAAGGUUUUGUCGACUUGUUCACCGACUGGGAAAACCCUGCGAUCGAGAUCAUUGACUUCCAGAAGUGCCGCCAUCUUGAGUCCACCAACCCUCGGGACAACCCGGACGGGGUCGGUCUCUGCUCGGACGGUUUCCGUGCCCUUAUGAAGCACUCGGGUGGCAAACUCAAGAACCUGAAUAUCCACGCGUGUCGCCAUAUCAAGCGCGAGGCAUUCGAGGACGUCUUUGCCAAAGACAACCAGUAUCCUCAUCUCCUUAAGCUCGAGAUCAGUUUCAUUGAAGACGUCGACGACUUUGUCCUUGGUCGCAUUUUCCGGAGCUGUCCUAACAUUCGAGAGAUCAACGUCUUUGGUUGCAUGAAGGUCAAAGAUGUCAAGGUGCCGCGAGGCAAAGUCUUAGUCGGAGUACCCAACGCCAUCGGAAUGGUGAUCGAGGGCCGGGAGGAUUAA